AAAAAACAACACAACAAAACCUCUUACUCUUAAGUCUUAAGUCUUAAGUCUUAUUAUUAGGUAUGGAUAUUAUUGUACGACAAGAAGAAGAACCCACAAAACGACACAUAUUAGAUGGUCGUUUAACAAGUAGUAGCCUGGACAGUUUGCCGGAGGGUUGCGUGUGUUUGAUACUAUCACUCACCACACCCAGAGACGCCACCCGAUCCUCCGCCGUAUCCACGUGUCUCAACUCUGCAGCCCAAUCCGACGUCGUUUGGGAACACUUCCUUCCCACCGAUUACACCGACAUCAUUUCCAGAUCAACUUCUCCUUUGAUCUUCUCUUCCAAGAAAGACCUUUACUUACGACUCAGUCUCUCCCCUGUUCUCCUCGACGAGGGCAAUAAGAGUAUUGUACUGAAUAGACUCACUGGGAACAAGAGUUGCAUGAUUGGAUCUAGAAAAUUGGCCAUAGCUUGGGCUGGGAGUCGCCGUUUCUGGAAUUGGCUUCCUCUUUCUAACUCCAGAUUUGGUGAAGUGAUUCAUCUUCGAAAUGUGUGUUGGCUAGACAUAUGUGGGAAAAUUGAGAAGAAAAUGUUAUCCCCAAACACGAACUACGCGGCUUACUUGGUUUACAACAUAGCUUUCGGGUUUCAGGGAUUGGAAUUCGUUCGAGUUUCGAUGAGAUUUCUUGGACCGGGAGGAGUUCUUGUGGAGGAGAAGCCAGAAUUCGAUGUGAACUUGGGAUCGAUGGAAGAUGAUGAACGAGGGAGGUUGAAGCAAGGUGAUGAUGGGUGGUUGGAGCUGAAGGUUGGAGAGUUCUUCAAUGGUGAAGAAGAGGAUAAUGGUGGUUUUGUGGAGACUUGUUUGAAGGAGACUAGGGUACUCAAUUGGAAAUCUGGUCUUGUUGUUCAAGGCAUUGAUUUUCGUCCUAAUCUACCACUACCACUACCACAAACACCUCCUCAACUAAGUCUAAGCAUAAUUUGAUUACUAAGGAUGAUUGUACUAUGUAAUUUUAAAAAAAAGAAUACUUAUUAUUAUAGUGUGUUUACUUAUAUGGAUAGAAAAAUAUAUAGGGUGGAUUUAUUUAUUUGUUUAUUCUUUUUUUUUUUUUACUAUAUAAAACAAUUUUGUAUUGAUG